AUGAAUUCACCGUCCGAAACCCAUAAAACCACCGUCUCUGUAUCCAACCUUCACUGCAGCAGUUGUGAAAGCACAAUCAACAAAGUGCUCUUCUCUCUUUCUCCUCCUCCAACAAGGGUAGACAUAUCCAUCGUGAAUCAGUUGGUGACAGUCGAGCAUGUCCUUGCAACACCCAGACACACCAUACAUUACGUGCUCGAGGAUGCUGGGUUUGAUGUAUCAGACCCAGAUUCCAGUUCCUCCGAGCACACAGUUUUACAGGCAUCGUGGGGGACGAGCACUGUCCUUCCUGGAAAACGUCGAAAGCAUAUACAACACUGUUUAUGGUGUCAGGAGGCGGCCGUCAUUUUAUCCAAUGACACUGUUUCACCACUUCCGCAGGGUAAUACUGGCCGUCUAUGUUUAAGUUCUGACAACAUUUCUCAAGCGAAUCGUUCCAUGCUGGAGGACCAAGAAUCGAGCAUAAGCCCGUUGCACAUGGUAGGCGUUGAUGACGUAGCGCAUCUCGUCACCCUGUCAGUGGGUGGUAUGACGUGCUCUUCAUGUACGGGCACCAUCACCGAAAUAGUCUCACAACUCCCUGGUAUUUCCGAAGUAGUCGUUAGCCUCCUGAACAACUCUGCCACAGUUGUUGUUGCUCGAAAGGAUCUCGUUGGCUCGGUGACCAAAACGAUCGACGACUGUGGCUUCGAAGUUGAUGUCAUCAAAAUCGACCCCCUCACCCCAUUGACAUCAACAAAUAACGUGACAACAGGUCAUAGGAAAUUAUUCCUUCGUGUCGAUGGAAUGUACUGCCAGCAUUGUCCAUCCAAAAUCAUGACCGCCUUAGAAAGCCUCCAGCCCGACGUCGCCAUUCUCAAACCAUUCUCAAACCAUUUGGAUUCCGUGAUAGAAGUCUCGUAUAUGCCAUCGCCUCCCGACUUCACCAUCCGCUCCAUUACCUCCGCCAUCAUGUCCGUGGAACCGACGUCGUACAGUGUAUCGAUUCAUCGCCCUCCUACUCUUGAAGAACGCACGCGUCACAUGCAGCGACGUGAGCAACGAGUCUUGCUGCAACACCUGUUUUUCACAUUCAUCAUCACGAUACCUACGUUCGUCAUCGGUGUCGUUUACAUGAGUCUUCUCCCCGCCAGCAAUCCCACGAAACUAUACCUUAUGAAGCCCAUGUGGAAUGGAAACGCGUCCCUAAUCGAGUGGGUACUCUUCUUCCUCGCAACCCCAGUAUACUUUUAUGGCGCUGGCACAUUCCAUCGCCGGAGUAUCAAAGAAAUUGGAACUUUGUGGAGGAAAGGGAGCACAACUCCCAUAAUUAAGCGCUUCACUAAAUUUGGGAGUAUGAACCUUUUGGUCUCUACUGGAGUAACUGUGGCCUAUUUGUCAUCGAUUGUGGUUCUAGGUCUUGCGGCGGUACAGCCACCUUCGAGCGAUGGUAUUACAGGGCAAGAAACGACAUAUUUCGACUAUGUCGUGUUCCUGACUAUGUUUUUACUUGCUGGCCGCUACCUUGAGGCAUACAGUAAAGCUAGGACUGCAGAUGCCAUUACUGCACUUGGGUCACUUCGCCCCGCCGAAGCUCUUAUCUUGUCUCCUUGCCCUCCUUCUGAGUCUAUGGUUCCCACGGUCGUUCCAUGGAAUGACCCUGAAAAAUGCGACGUAGCGUGGGAUAACGGUGACCUUGUUGCAUCUCCUGGAUUUAAGUUUGAGAAGGUAUCUGUAGACCUCUUGGAGGUUGGCGAUGUAGUGCGUGUGCAAAAUGGUGCGACGCCACCGUCAGACGGUACAAUCAUCUCCGGUGCGGAGACAUCCUUUGACGAAAGCUCUUUGACGGGCGAGGCUCGACUUAUUAAGAAGAACAUCGGGGACAAGGUUUUUCUUGGAACAAUAAAUAAGUCCAGGGCUGUAGAUGUUCGAGUUGACGCUGUUGGCGGUGUCACGUUACUGGACCAAAUCGUGGAGAUCGUCCGUGAGGGCCAAACUCGUAGAGCACCCAUUGAGCGUAUCGCAAACCACAUUACAGGCGUUUUUGUCCCGAUCAUCACUUUACUGGCGAUCAUUACAUGGUUGAUAUGGCUUGCCUUGGGUGUCAGCGGCGCCAUCCAAAAGAGUUAUCUAGAUAUAAGUAUAGGCGGAUGGGUCGUCUGGUCUCUCGAAUUUGCAAUCGCAGUAUUCGUCGUGGCGUGCCCUUGCGGCAUCGGCCUGGCAGCACCUACCGCUCUUCUCGUGGGAUCUGGCCUUGCAGCCAAACAUGGAAUAUUGGCCCGCGGAGGCGGCGAGGCUUUCCAAGACAUGGCCCAACUCGACGUCGUUGUGUUCGAUAAGACCGGAACGCUUACCGAAGGUGUCGAGCCCCGAGUGUCUGAUGCCGAGAUCCUGCUUUCGUCGGUGCCUGAGGAGACGCUUCUCGGAAUUGCUGCAGAGUUAGAAUCUGCAUCCUCUCACCCGCUCGCGAACGCAAUUCGGCAGUAUGCGGGAAAGCAUGGUGCCGUGCCUGUUGCUGGCAGCGCGUUCGAUGAAAUUGCUGGUAAAGGCGUCAAAGGGGAUUUCGAAGAAAUACGUCGCAAGGCGAUAGUAGGAAACGAGGCCCUGAUGCGAGACCACGAUGUACUGCUUUCUCCAGACGUUCUCCAAGUGCUCGAGAGGUGGACAUCUGAGGCGAAGAGUAUCGUCCUCCUCGCUGUUACGGUUGCGGACUUUGACAAUAAAUUCGUCGUCGCAGCUAUAUUCGCUGUGUCGGAUCCCAUCAGGAAGGAAGCUGCUGGUGUCAUACGGCAUUUGCAGGAGCAGGGCAUUGGGACAUGGAUGCUAUCAGGGGACAACGAGACGACUGCAAAAGCAGUCGCGAAAUCGGUGGGGAUUCCUGAAAUGAAUGUCGUCGCUGGUGUCUUGCCCCAGCAAAAAGCCGAAAAGAUCGAGUGGCUGCAGCGUAAUGGUGCUAAACGCCGUUCUCCAAGAUGGCGACGUACAUUAGGCAGGUCAACGUCAAACGAGCGUUGUGUCGUCGCAAUGGUUGGGGAUGGUAUCAAUGACGCGCCUGCACUGGCUAUCAGCGACAUAGGAAUAGCUAUCGGAUGUGGAAGCGACGUCGCACUAUCUGGUGCUUCAUUCAUUCUCUUAAAUUCUGACCUCAAAACUUUACUCACACUGAGCGACCUGUCGAGAAAAGUGUUUAACCGCAUCAAGAUUAACUUCAUGUGGGCAUUUAUGUAUAAUUUGAUCGCAGUCCCCAUCGCUGCUGGCGUCAUAUACCCUGUCGGACACGCGCGUUUAGUUCCCGUCUGGGCGUCAUUGGCUAUGGCAUUGUCCUCCGUAUCUGUGGUUUGUUCCUCUCUCGCACUCAAGCUGUACAGAGAGCCAAAGAUACAAGUUCAUAACUGA